AUGUUUCCAACGGUGGACUCUGAAGAUAUUUCGCAGGUCACGUCAUUAAAAGAAAAACAAAGUUUUUCUAGCGAUGUGCGAGAUUCGUCAGAAAAUUCUCAAGUGGCGAAACAAAACAAUAACAGAGAGUUAACUGUCAAUAUGUUGAUAAAAGAAAUGAUUUUUUGCAUUGCCUUAGCAUUGACUACCUAUGGAGCUCUCCAUACUACCUCUUCUAAAGUUUCCAAGCAUCCACAAGCAGUAAAUUUUUUUAAUUCAGGCUCUGUAGUAAAGGACUGGUAUAGAGGUCAACUUGGCAAUGCACUUGCUGCUGUCAACAUUGCAGAUGUGUCAUUUAUUAUGUAUUAUGCACCAUGGGAUGCAGAAUCACAAUAUGUCAGGGGAGAGUUUGAGUUGGCAGCUAACAUCCUUAGUGGCCGGGUACAUUUUGCUGCCAUCAAUUGCUGGGAUCCUGGAAGUGAAUGUAGAUUACAACACAACAAAAUUCCAUCUUGGCCUAUUCUAAUGGCUUAUACUGUUAAUUCAAAAGGAGUGCUUUAUAAAGGCCCUAGAGAUGCACACAGUAUGGUUAACUUUUUGGAGUUAAUUAUGAAACCUUUGGAAAGAGUAUCUUCAACUGAAGACUUAGUACAUUUAUUGUCUAUUUAUGAUGCUGUAGCUAUUGGUUUCACACCUCUUACAGACACAUCAAAAUAUUAUAAUAUAUGGUACAAUGUUGCCUUAAAGUCACGGGAAUUUGACACAGUUGGGGAAAUAUGUUUUGCUGUUGUUACAUCAGCAGAGUUGGCAAUGGAUCUUGGUGUGGAAAUUUUGCCCAAGGCUCGUCUUAUGCUUUGGAAUGACACUAAGGAAUUUAAAACAGAAGAUGGCAAUAAUUCUUGGAAUGAAUCAUCACUUAUGCAUUGGGUAUUGGAGAAUUUUUCUCAGCCUGUGGCAAGGAUUAUACCAAUGUGGAAGAAAUCAUUUAGCUUUGAUAGAUAUGCUGAUGGCAGCCCAAUGUUGUUGCUUUUUACUCCUUUAAACCCCUUAUAUGAGCAGUUGCCUUCAUAUUCAUUGCUACGUGAAGUUGCUAUGGAAUAUUAUAAUUGUAAAAAUAAUGACAGCAACCAAUGGAUUACGGAGUUGAUAAAAUUACAACAGGUACAGAGAUUAAUCUAUCAACAGAAAAACUUUUUGAAGUUUUGUCAAGAGUAUAAGUUCAAAAAUCCUAUAAGAAAACCAAGCAAAAUUUAUAAAAAAGAAAUUGUGUCAAAUAAUAAUAAAUAUCCUUGGAAUAAUGUGACGCAGAAAAAUCAGAAAAACGGGUUUAUUAAUUUUAUACUGAAAAAGGGUCUAGCACUGACCAAAGCUAUGGAGAGUGGAAGUGAUAAUUCACCUAUUUGGUCUUCUUUGGGUAUUUUGAAUGAAUGCACUACAAAGUUUUUACCUGCGGAGAAAAGUUUCUAUGAAAACUAUGAACAAUGCCAGUUGUUUGAAGAAAAUAUGGACAAAGAACAAGAUUUGGACACAAAACAGGAAAAUUGCAUUCCGCGGCGGUGA